AUCCAAACAUGGUCAUGUUGUCGGAUUUUUAUUUCACUUUUGACACAUUUGCUUCUCAUAAAACAUAUCUAUAAUAUAUCAUUUACAUUUUAAGAAUUUAUUUAAGAAGAAUUAAACUUGUUUCAUGCACACUUAACUUUGUCCCUAUGAACUACUCAUUGAUAGGCUUCAUGCGUACACAUUAUAUAAAGAAACACCACAAGUUGAAACUCAUUUCAUUUCUCUUUGGGGGUACAGCUAAAUUGGCUUCAGGACUCCAUUUUAUCAAUGAAAAUAAAACAUAAUUUCCUCUCUGUCCAUUUGUUGCCUCCCAGUCUUCACUUUUUGUGCAGGAAGCACUUAUCUGGUUCAACCAAGAAUAUUCUCCUCCUUCUUCAACGUGUCCUUCUGUAGAAUACUUUGAUGUGAAGGAAAUCCAGUUCAUAGUUCACUUUAUUUGCGACGCCUCAAUUAACUGCCUGUUUCUCUGUGAACCCAAUGUGAGUAUGAGGUGACUUCACUUGUUUUUCACGACCCCUGUGCUCUUGUACUUCAUUACCCUCCAUUCCCCCUCCCCUGUCUCCUGCUCACUUUAUUAUUGACGGAUGUCCUGCGCAGGCGUUUUCAUCCAUGUCUCUGAACAGCUUUGCAGGAUGCAAACAGAAGUGUGGGGUAGUUCCUGCACAUCUGUCGGCUGCAUCUCUCUCAGUUGGGUGGGGUAUAGAGGUUGUUUUUCACCACCAAGAGAAGGUGUCUCCCAUCUAGAACGAUCAAUUUGGUCCUGCUUCCUUCCUUUCGUUUCUUAUAACUCAACGCCUCUGCUCUCAGGCAAGACGCCAGCAGCUUCUGUUGUGGAGCACUUACUAAUGCCCUUAACUUGUCAACUCAGCAAUGAAUCACACUGAAACAUGUACUUUGAUUAAAUGUAUCAUGUCUACAGAUUUCACUUAAUAGUAUUGGGUUAGGUGAAAGCAAUAAGGGGCUUGUUGAAUAAAUAGUAGGUUCAACUUAAUAUUAUUGCUUUCAACUAACAUAAUACAGUUAUGUGAAAUGUGUUGACAUAAUACAUUUAAUUAAAGUCAACGUUUAGGUUUUUCAGUGCAGUUUCUCUUUCGUUCUAGAAAUGCACCAACAUGUGAAUCCUGGCUGAAUCCUUUAAACAACUCCCUUGAUAUGAUGGAAUCUUAAUGAUGAGCUUGUUUACCCAACAAUAAGUUGGUUUUCCAGCUUCCUGCUUCCUCUGUCCUGGAGAGGGGUGAAGGGGAGGAAAGCGUUGGUGGGGGAAGACCAAUGGCCUACCUCUGGAUCACCAAGGCACGUAGCGCUUCUCCCCAAGGGUCCUCAUAUAUAUUUUUUCAACGUGGCACAAAAACACACUAUCCUUUCCUGCCAUUACUUCGCUCGGAGCGAUGGGGGUUUAGAAAAACUAAUAGGCCACUAAAAAUACUUAGAGCUUGGGCCAGAGCUUUUCCUGCGCUACUUCCAGUGUACGCGUGGGCCAUUGAGGAAAGAGGAAACGAGCGGCCCUGGUUGUACGGGGGCUUCCUGCACAACGUUAUAAAGAGUCCCCUCCCUUCAGCCUCCCCUCACAGUGCUGUUCAGAGCCAGUGGAGACGGCGGGUGAACCCCUGCUCCUCUUCUUUGGGUGUAAAGUGAACACUGAGGCCGGGGGUUUGACGUCAGCGCGGUGCACAGAGGUUCUCGUCCCUGCUGGUCGGGGUACGAGUAGGGAGCUGGUCUCACCUAGAUGUGUCUGGGACACUCCAGCUUAUUUAUUCUAUCAAUUACACAAAGAUGAUGGAAGUGCUGGAAGGACACAGAGUGGACAGAGUGCAGGAGACGAGGCCUGCAGCCCCGGCGGAGGGAUACGUUAAGGAGUUCACUCGCCACUCCAACGACGUGCUGCUGAACCUGAACGAACUCCGGCACCGCAACAUCCUGACCGACACCACCCUGGUCGUGGGCGACGUGCACCUACGGGCGCACUGUGCUGUGCUCGUGGCCUGCAGUGGGUUCUUCUACUCCCUGUACUCCCGCCGUGUGUUGCUUCAGGGGCGUGGUGGCAGCGGGGAGCAGCUCAUGACCGUGUGCCUCCCCAGCGCCUUGGACCCAUCCAGCGUCUCCCUGCUGCUGGACUUCAUGUACACCUCCCGCCUCCCUCUGACUCCCAGCACUGUCCCUGGGGUGCUCACUGUCGCAGCCUACCUGCAGAUGGACCACGUGACUGAUACCUGCCGGGAUUUCAUGCAGAUGCACUGCAGGGAGAAUAUGAGUGCAAGACACCCUCAACUGGAGCUGGACUCCAGGGUGUCUGUAGCCUCUGUAGCCCCCAACGGAGGGGACCUGCCCAAUCCUGGACCCCAGAGAUUACUGCCAACAAGGGUCCCUGCGGAUGUUGGGGGCUCUCUCAAGCCGGGGGCUUUCCCAACCUAUCAGCCCGGGUCAAAGGAGAUGAAAGGAGAGCCUGAGUCGCCCCUCAUGGGCAGCCCGACUCCAUCUCCAGAUAGCCCUGCCCGCUCUAGCUGCCAACCAAACUCUCCUGCAGAAUCCAACACCUGCAGCAAAAACCUUGUGAGUGAUGUCAAAGCCUCACCGGAUCCAAAAGCUUGCAAUUGGAAAAAAUACAAGUACAUCGUCCUUAAUCCUCUCUGUGCGACCACCACGGUGAAAGAAGAGGAGAUGGAAGAGCCGCAAAGUCGCACAUCACCCGACAGGAUGGGCUCGACCCCCAAAGCAACAGAGGAGUGGUCUGGAGAAGUGCCUGGUCAGAUUGAUAGACAGGGGCAGGCCUCCUGCUACGAGGGUUCUGGCCGAGCCCCUCCCCUCGGGCCACCCCCCUCUGUGGACCACCCAACAAUACCUCCCACUUACAAGGAUCGAUCAGUCCCACCCUGCACCAUAUUCCCAAACCUGUUGCCCACUGAUCCAGAAGCUGCUCAACAUGCGAUCAAGCGUGAGAACUACUAUGUGCCCUACUGUUAUUCUGGCAACAUUCAAGUAACCAAGACUGUCAGCUCAGGUGAGAAACCGUACCGCUGUAAUGUGUGCAGCGCCCAGUUCAACCGACCUGCCAACCUGAAGACUCACGCUCGCAUCCACUCAGGAGAAAAGCCGUACCGCUGCGACACCUGCGGCGCACGAUUUGUUCAGGUUGCCCAUCUGAGGGCCCAUGUUCUGAUCCAUACGGGGGAGAAACCGUACCCCUGCCACACCUGCGGGACCCGCUUCCGCCACCUGCAGACCCUGAAGAGCCAUCUGCGCAUCCACACCGGAGAGAAGCCUUUUCAGUGUGAGAAGUGUGACCUACACUUCCGCCACAAGAGUCAGCUGCGUCUUCACCUUCGGCAGAAACACGGGGCCGUCACCAACACCAAGAUCCGCUACAAGGUCCUGACGGAGGCCUUCCAGCCCAUCCUGCAGGCCUGCUGAACAAUGCCAACUUUAAAUUAUACAGUGCAGGUCCAGCAUAUGCACAAGGGGAACAUUGGUGAACGAAUGAACUUUAAAUUCUAAAUUAUCAACACCAGUUUUUUGAAGAUGAGGUGGUUAUUUAUUCGUGUUGGCAGAAUGGUUAGAUGACCAGCUUUGAAUCAUGGAAAAAAUAUUCUAUUUGGGAAAAGAGACAUUUGCAGAUAACUUUGAGCAUCAGCAUGUAGUUGGAUGAUUUUGGAACUUGGAGAAAAUUACCAGUAAGAUUCAUUAGGGUUUGUUAGAAAUCCUGAUGGCUUUUCUGAGAUGGAGAUGGUGUCAAGAAAAGUGAAUUUGAAGGUUUGUGAAGGGAAAGAAAGAGGGGUUAGAGACGUGGAAACUAGGUAUUGUGGGAUGUUUGUAUACUGAAUGUUCAGGAAGAAUGAAAUUGUGAACGGUUUGAACUAAAGAUGGAAAGAAAUGCAAGUUUUUGAAGAAAGAGAUGGUGAAUUUUUGAAUAUUUGUAGUAAAUUAAAUUCUAGAAAAUAGUUUUAAGCCUGGAAAUGUUCUAUUACAUGUAUUUAUCUUAACCUUGAGGCCUGGGGCCUGCAUGCAGUGAUAUCUGCUUUAUGGUCCGAGCAGGCAAAGGACUUAGUCGUCUUAUACUGGGUGUAAGCUGUAAAAAAUGAAAUGAUAUUGUUUUUUACAUAAUGAGAGGACUGUAGGCAAUUAGAUAAGUAAUAAUAUUAUGACCUGUUUGUGUGUGAGUUCAUCUGCUGGACAAAGAUGGUGUUGUACAAUCUAAAUUAAAUCAUUUGAUAUGAAUUGGA